AUUUAUGCGUGUAAGCUAACCAUUGUGGACAAUUGGCCAUGUCCUCCUCUCCAAUAAUUGCUUAGCCAAAACCAAACGACAGCGUUUAGCCGAUUGCAUACAGACAAAACCACACCGUUUAGCAACUAUCUCCAUUACGGUUACGCAAUAACUUGCACAAAAGUCAACAACUUUCCAAAUGGGCUCCGCCGGAAAACCCGCCGACGACAUCUCAACCGACCCGGAAUCAGGACCGGAGACAUCCCUCCUCGGAUCAACCCCCAAAUCCCCACCCGACUCCUUCCACUUAGCCUACAUCAUCUACUUCACCCUCGGCGUCGGCUUCCUCCUCCCAUGGAACGCCUUCAUCACCGCCGUCGACUACUUCUCCUACCUCUACCCCUCCACCUCCGUCGACCGCAUCUUCGCCGUCGUCUACAUGCUCGUCGGCCUCUUCUGCCUCCUCGUGAUCAUCGUCUUCUACGCGCACAAGAGCCUCGCUAGCUUCAGGAUCAACCUCGGCCUCGCGCUCUUCGCCGUCUCCUUGCUCGUGAUCCCUGUCUUGGAUCUCGUCUACGUCAAGGGGCGAGUCGGGUUGUACGUUGGGUUCGAUAUCACCUCCGUCGCUGUUGGCCUCUCCGGUGUGGCCGACGCGCUUAUGCAGGGGGGUUUGAUCGGUGUUGCUGGUGAGAUGCCUGAGAGGUAUACGCAAGCUGUCAUCGCCGGAACUGCUGGCUCCGGUGUGCUUGUGUCUCUGUUGAGGAUCUUGACUAAAGCUGUGUACCCACAAGAUCCUAAUGGGUUAAGAAAAAGCGCGAAUCUUUACUUUGCUGUGGGGAUUGUUGUUAUGGUGAUCUGUGCUGUGUCUUACAACUUAGCUCACAAGCUUCCUGUGAUCAAGUUCCAUGAAGAGCGCAAGGCUCAAGCACUCAAAGAGAGUCAAGAGAACGGUUCUUUAACCGGACCAAUGUGGAGGAAGACGCUUUGGCAGAUCGUGACGAGGAUCAAGUCUCAUGGCUUCGGGAUCGUGCUUAUAUACAUUGUGACGUUAUCGAUAUUCCCUGGCUACAUCACUGAGGAUGUUCAUUCUGAUCUUCUCGGAGAUUGGUUCCCUGUCCUGCUCAUUGCGGCUUUCAAUGUCUUUGACUUGGUUGGGAAGUCGUUGACUGCUGUUUACAUGUUUACGGAUGAGAAGAUUGCGGUCGGUGGGUGCAUCGCUAGGCUGUUGUUUUACCCUCUCUUCUGGGGUUGCUUGCAUGGACCGAUGUUUCUGAGGACUGAGAUACCUGUAGCGUUACUGACGUGCUUGUUGGGGCUUACUAAUGGGUACUUGACAAGCGUGUUGAUGAUUCUGGCUCCGAAGUCUGUUCCAUUGAAGCACUCUGAGACGGCAGGUAUUGUAAGUGUGCUGUUCUUGGUUAUUGGUUUGGCGUCUGGGUCGGUCUUGGCUUGGUUCUGGGUUAUCUGAUUCUACCAAUGCUUUUGUUGGUAUCUGUAUUUGUAUUCUUUAAAGCUUUCAAGAAACUAAGCUUCAUUAAAUUGUGAAUCGUUUGUUUUUUUUUUACUUCAGUAAAAACUCUUAUUUUAACCU